CUGACAUUUUUUCUUUCACUUUCUCUCUCGCUUUCUCGUGAACAAAAAUAAAGAAAAAUCAGGACUCGAAGAUUCCGCCUUUUCUACUUCAAAAUAUUGACUAAACUGAAGAAGAUAAAAAAAAAUAAUGGCCGGAGGACUCGGAAAAUGCAGCAAGAUCCGCCACAUUGUGAGACUCAGGCAAAUGCUCCGGCGAUGGCGCAACAAAGCACGGUUAUCUUCAGUGAGCCGUUGUGUGCCGUCGGAUGUUCCAUCUGGACACGUGGCAGUCUGCGUGGGUAGCGAUUGCAGGAGAUUCGUGGUGCGCGCGUCGUACCUGAACCAUCCGAUCCUGAGUAACCUCCUCGUCCAAGCAGAGGAAGAGUACGGUUUCGCGAACCAGGGACCGUUGGUUAUCCCUUGUGAAGAAUCGGUUUUCGAGGAAGCGAUUCGGUUCAUUUCCCGGUCCGAUUCGUCACGGUCGAGCCGGUUUACUUGUCCCGACGAUCUCCAGAAAUGCCACCACGGAGUAGGAAUCAAAAGCAAGAUAGAUCUGUUGAUCGAAUCUCGGCCGUUGCUUCACGGCGUCGCCGAGAAAGCAAUCUGGUGAUUCUUUUUGAGAUCGACGGAGAAGAGCGUCGGUUUUGUACGAUUUCUGACACGGUUUGACUCGGAACGGGUUUAAUCGACAUUUGAGGGAAUCAGAAGAAGUACAGAAGGCGAAUUUUGAAUGUAAUAAAUCAUUGUCAUUGACUCGGCUAAGUUACCACCGAGUCGGGUGGUGCUAAUUUUAAUCGGGUGGCGAGUUACUCACUGAGUCGAGUCAGGCGAGGUUGCGGGUAGAGAGAAGGAGAUGGCGGUUAAAAGGUGGGUGGAGUCGUUCACCGAGUCAUCCCGAGUCCGAUUCCGAGUUCAAGACUGUAAAAUGUAAAUAAGACAAAUGAACAUUUGGGUUUCAUGAGAAAGAGAGAACGUGAGUAUGAUUCAAAGGGCUUUUGAUUUUAAUAUUGAUCUAUCACCUUUCUCUGUAAA